ACACUAAAACCUGUAGUCAGACAGAGAUGUCACUUUACAAGUCACUUCACAGUCAUGAUGCGAGGUAGCUCAUCAUUCUCCAGGGAGAAUAUUCACUGAACACCAGGCUUCUGAUUAUAUAUCUACAAACUUCAGAAAUGAUCCGAAUCAACAACACCCAAUACUUCCACUUCCUGCAGCAAGCAGAUGCCUUACGUCGCUCAGGGACGCUCUGUGAUGCCAUCAUCUCGGUAAAGAGUCAAACUUUCAGGGCUCAUCGGUUAGUACUGGCUUGUGCUAGCAGAAGACUAGCACAGCAGUUAGCCCAAGAAGACAUAGACAGCCCAGUCCACUGCACUCUGGAGUAUUUCUCACCACGCACCUUCCAGCAAGUUCUGGACUUCACCUACACACAGACUCUUGAGGUGUCUGUGGAUGACCUGCACCUGCUGCUGAGGGCUGCUCUGCUGUUGGAGAUGCAGCCACUGGAGGACCAGUGCCGGAAGCAGCUGGACAAUCUCCACUACAGAGCCAAAGAGGAGAACAAAAGAAGAGAAAUCACAGAUGUCAAAGAAGAAAAAGAAAGUGCAGAGGUGACAAAUCAAAAGCAAAAAGGAAGUCCAACUCGAGAGGAGAAACUCCAAGAGACUUCUCCCCCAGUGGAGGAAGUAUGCAACAGCAUUGUCAUGGAAAACCUUUCACCCCCUGAUGAUGCGAAGAAUCGCAACAGUCCGCCUCCCCCAAGAAAGAAGCCCAGACUGUCCCCUGUGUCAGCAACACCCUACACCAGAGACAGUGUUAUUACUAGGCCUGCCAGCAGCAGUUCAUCUUUCUCUUCCCCCUGGACUUUCCCUACAAAUGUGUGGAACUCUGUGAGCACUCUGAGGCGGAUAGCAGAGAACUAUUCAAACUUAGUUGCAGCUCACCCCCUUCAGUCCCCAAACCAGUCCUCCAUAGCAUACCCAUUAACCCUCUCCACUCCCCACAUGUUCCCCCUGCUUGGCUCCCAUUUUCAAAGCUCUGUAAUGAGCUACUCAGGUUUUCAUCCACGUUACACACAAAACCUUUACACUGGAUCUACCGGGAUGGGGAGCAUAAUCAAGCAAGGCCUGUUAAAAAGAAAAAAAAACAGCCAGAGAGCAUUUACUGGGACCGUUCAAACCAGUGAGCCGAGUUGCCAAGAUGUACCCAAAGCCAGCACAGAGAGAGUUAAAGACUGCCAACACUGCAGUACAAGCCUCCUUGGUGAUCCAGUGCUGCAGGAGUCAGCCUCCACACCAUCAGGUGAAGCUCAUGCAGUGUGUCGGUUCUGUGGAAAAGGAGAUGUGGUGCAGCAUGAACCACAUUCCCAUCGACAAGAACACAGAGGAGAAAAACCCUACCAGUGCCAGUACUGUCCCAAGAAGUUUAGUCUGAAACAUCAACUGGACACACACCACCGAGUUCACACCGGAGAGAAACCCUUCGAGUGUCGUCUCUGUGGUCAGCGCUCACGGGACUACUCAGCCAUGAUCAAGCACCUGAGGACUCAUGGCGGGGCAGCACCCUACCAGUGCACGGUGUGCCUGGAGUUCUGCAGCAGCCUGGUCGCCAUGCAGAGACAUGUCAAGGGCCACGCAGUGCAGGACUUCCCCCCUGACUGGAGCAUCAACAGCACCUACCUGUACAACUCACACAUCUGAGCCUCACAACAUACACCUCUGUCUACACAAAGUUCUCAUAGGUGUAGCUUUGUUUGUGCCUCUAAUGUACUAUCAUUACAUUUGAGUCACAAAGCUAAACAUCUGUUUUCUGAAAGAUAAAUGCCAGAUGAUGUUUGAAAAAACAAGGUCGUUUAACAACACUUACGACUGUUUUGAAGUUAUAAUCAUACGUGAGAGCCACAAAUUGGGGCUAUAUAUUGCAAUAACUUCUAUAUAAACUGAGACUGCUCUGUAUUCACAUUCACAACUAUAGAACAGAUAAAUGCAGCACUAAUUUUCAAUGACAUGUCAGAUAAGGUACUGAAAGUGUUUAGCAUUUCACAUUAGGUCAUGUACGUGCAUUAAAGCCACAUCAACAGCUCAUCCUUGUCAAAUGGCGCAGGCAUCUUCCUUCUUACUUUCAUUAUUAUUAUUGGACCGCUUGUGUAAACUUUGUAAGUUUGACCUAGGUUUAUAGCGCCCUCAUGAGGGCAACCACUGUAACAAUCUUUUUUUUCUGUAGUAGUGCUCACAAAUGCAAUCCCAUGUCAAAAUGGGACCACUGGCUGAGAUAUUAUAUUUGCAGCUGGACAAAAGAGGGUUUUUAUUAAGUGCUGGAACAUAUAAACAGUCUACAUUCAUUAAUCCAGAUUUAGUUAGAAUCUGUCUGAAAUAAAUUCUAUAUCCAGACUUACUAUGAUGCUACCCUUUGAAUUAAAAUUCACAUGUAUCUAUUUCAUCCUUUAAAACAGUUACCUUGUUCUGCUCCUGAGUUAUUUUACUCUCAGAGAAAAGCAGAAAGAGAAGGGUGGAGGAGUUUUCUCCAGUGUCAGCCAACACAAUCUUGCGCCUUAGCACUGCUUGUAAGACAAAAAUCAGCCAAAUCCCAUAUACUUUAUGGUAACAUUCAAAAGUUUAAUGAGGACUGUAGUUGCGUAACACUGACAGAUGAGAAUAACAAUAUAUUAGUUUUUGCAGGCAGCAAUGUCUGUCUAGCUAGUGACAAACAAUAGUCCAGCAUUUUCUUAUUUUUUAUUCUUCCAUUAGUGGAUUUUCUGCAUUAUAAGUCACAGGCAGCCUAACUCACUGGUUGUAGUUCAAAGGCCUGGAUAUACUGAGUAAAUGUUUCGCAAAAGUAAGUACCAAGUGCUAUUUAGCAACUGCCAUAACUGCUCUCUAAAAGCACCACACAACUUAUAUGACUGUGAAGUUAUCCCAUAAGUCCUCAUAUGUAUGUAUUCAGUAUGUUACCAUGCAAAUUGCUUCGUAGAGGGAGCUUUCAGUGGAGCUUGUUUCCACUAAAAGCUCUUUGUUGAUUUGUACAGAAUUAUCUUAAUGUUUAUGGGGUAGAAAGUAAAUAAAUAAAUGUUCAACUCAUUUUUCAUUUAUAGGCUUUAAUGGAUCAAUAUGCCAUGUUUUAGACUACUAAUGCAUCAAAUAAACAAGCGUAUACACAGCAGCUAUAUUGGCAAGUCUUUGUAAUUUGUACAGAUAAUAAAAGACAUGUUGAUGUAAAUGUUAAAGGAAGUGCUGGGGAAACAGGGCAGCUGACCACAUCCACAUCUUUAACAUUUUCUGUUAUCACUUUGCUGGUAAAACAAACUAUAGGAUCUUAGCUUGACUUUAAAAAAUUAAGACAAUUAUGCAGCAGUUUAGUGCAAUACCAGAUGUAGCAGAGAUUCAGAUUUAUUGUGGUCAAACAAUUUUAACUUUUUUUAUAUACUGUCCAAAUGUUUCGAACGCUACCCAUGAUGCCAUUAAUGAUGACUAUAUCAUUAAGUAUUAAUUCUGCCAAGCAAAGAGGAAACUCUUUUGAGUGUAUUCUUUUAUAAUCACUUAUGGGACAUUUUGUUCUCAGUGGGUCGACCUGUAGCAGAGUCUGGCACAUGCACUGUGUACAGAAUUGCCUUAUGCUUGACUCAAAGAUGUUGUGAAUGUGGCUAACAUGAGUAAUAGCAAUAUUUGUGUAUGUUUAUUUCUGUAAAUUGAGGAUGUUGUAAGAGAAUGAGCAUUUACAAAUUGUAAAAAGUGACAAGUGUAUAGCUUGUGUCUGUACACCCUCAGACAAUAUACCCAGUUCAACCAGUAUAACAGUUCAACCGUGUGUUUUGCAAUUUAGCUAUAUAAAAACCUGUUUUUUUCUUUCUUAUGCAUAUAGAGGAACUGGUAGGCUAUCCCUCAAAAGUCCUUUUCAUUGCACUGGCCCAGCAGCAAUUGUAAUAUUGUGAUCAGUGUUUGUUGUUCAUCAGGCUGUUGGGGUCCCUAUGUCUACACAUGUACAGUAAGUCUGCAUGACAUCUCACACAGACUGAUAAUCCACUUUGACAGAUAACCCAUUUAGGCAUUAAUGCAGCACCUUUGAUGAUUUAAGGGGCAUUCACAACAGACAUUUUCACUUGUCAUAGUAGGAAACUAUGUGUCACUAAUAUCAUUAAUGAUGGCUCCCUUCAACUCAAGUGUCCCCAAAGCCAUUACACUGUGCACAAAUACCGGGACCCUGAACCCGAAGCAGAUAAAUGGAAUUGAGUAUUAGUUUAAUCCCUCCCCGGAACAGCUUUUGCCCAAUCAUAGCUUAGCAACCGUAACUAAGCACGGCAGGCAUGUCAAGUUUUGGACUUUCUCCACGUUCUGAAACGGUAUUCAUGGGCCUUUAGUACGAGCGAUACUGGCCAUCUAUAGAGUUUAAAGGUUUGUGUCCCUUUUUUAGCCUUUCCACAACCAAAAACACAACAGUGCAUUUAUCUGCUGCAAUGUAAGCUGCAAUUUUAGCAUGUCUGACCAACUAACAGUAGAAAAUGUGUGUUAUUUCCAGAACAUUAUAUAACUAACCUACAUUAGUUUGUGAGUUAACAGGUUACGUUAAAAAAUGCCCCAUUCACGACUAGGUUAACACAGACUGACAUUCAUUCUAACAUACCCUUGGUUGGCUGCUGAACUUAGUUACAUACUUGUUCAUAUUUCCAAACAUAAUGCAUUUACUAGAGAAAAGGCUGUCAGGAUGAAAACUAACGUUAAACAAUAAAUUUGGCAAGCAUAACGCUAUCUCAUGUAACGUUGGCUGGGGUUGCUGGCGUAUAAAUUUACCCCAAUCCAAUAAAGCAGGACAAAGCUGCUAACGCUAGCCUGAGCCUACACUGUCAUAGCAUCCAGGACCAGUCGGAAAAUAUAAAUGCGGUCAAGUGAGCCGUAGUUUGGAUUUUGAUGCGCGUCUAUUCGUGCUGUUACGGAACCGGUGCCUGGAGCGGCCAAAAAGCCAGAAGAAAGACUCGCAUUGGAGCAAUCACUAUGACCAUGUCAAAUUUGGAGUUAUUUUACUGUACAGUUUUUGAAAAAACAAACAAAGAUAAAGUCAAAAUACAAUGUGACACAUUGACAUUUUCCUCAUAUUUGAACUCUCUUUCCUUAAGCGGUUUGCUGAAAAUUUCAAUCUAGUCCUGCUGAGAAUGACCCUGUCCCUGACUAUGACCAAGUUAUUUUAACGGACAGUUUUGGAGAGGAUUAAAGGGAAAUUCACCACAAAUGUAAUAAAAAAUAAAAAUGCAUUAUUAUACUAUA